CGCGCUGCAGACUCUCUCCCUGCACAUCUGAACGCUUUUCCUUACUUUAUUUGACCUUAAAACUUCCAGGAAAUCACUUAUAUACAGAUACACACACACACACACCCACACACAUAUACAUACAUGAUGCACUCGGCACAGAAAGACACCACCUUCACCAAGAUCUUUGUGGGAGGUCUUCCUUAUCACACAACGGACUCAAGUCUCAGGAAAUAUUUCGAAGUGUUUGGAGACAUCGAGGAGGCUGUGGUCAUCACUGAUCGGCAGACGGGCAAAUCCAGAGGUUAUGGAUUCGUGACCAUGGCAGACCGGGCCUCCGCUGAUCGAGCCUGUAAGGACCCCAACCCCAUUAUAGAUGGAAGGAAAGCCAAUGUGAACCUGGCCUACCUGGGGGCCAAGCCUAGGGUCAUACAGCCAGGUUUUGCAUUUGGCGUGCCUCAGAUCCAUCCAGCAUUCAUCCAAAGACCUUAUGGGCUCCCUGCUCACUACGUCUACCCUCAGGCCUUUGUCCAACCCAGUGUGGUGAUCCCUCAUGUACAACCUUCUGCUGCUACAGCAACAGCUGCUGCUGCCACUUCCCCGUACCUUGACUAUACCGGAGCAACGUACGCUCAGUACUCUGCGGCUGCUGCAACUGCUGCCGCCGCCGCAGCUGCCUAUGAGCAGUAUCCGUACGCGGCCUCACCAGCACCGACAAGCUACAUGACUACAGCAGGGUAUGGAUACGCUGUCCAGCAGCCGCUCGCCACUGCUGCCACCCCAGGAGCUGCCGCCGCUGCUGCAGCCUUCAGCCAGUACCAACCUCAGCAGCUCCAGACAGAUCGCAUGCAGUAAAAUCAUAAAAACUACUAUAAAUGAGGAAAGCAGGGGAGGUCCCCUCUUCUCAUGAAGAGUGCAAAGUUAGGAGGGGGAAAACAGUAGAAGCUGAAUGAUGGUUGUCACUCCCAGGUUUUAUCUUAGCAGUCCUUCUACCAAAGAGCCUGAAGAAAAUCACCAAAAAUGUGGAGACAACUGAGGGAUUGCUCUAUAUUUUAUUCAAGCGAGAUCAGUAUUUUGUCACUAUUGAAUAUAUUUGAAUAUUUAAUAUUUAUUCAGUAGUAGAUAUAUUUAAUGUUAAUUGAAGUAGACUCACUGGAUUGCUGAAUUGCAGAAUUUUGUGUAUAUAUAUAUAUUUCAGUGGAAUUUGUAUAAAAUUCCCAUUUACAUUUAUGUCUUAUGAUCAGGUUUCUUCCCCACUUCUUUGAAAACAAACCAAAACACUUGCAUACAGAUAUGAGAACAGCAUGUUACAUCAUCAUGCAGUUUUCAGUAUUUCAUAGUUUUGGACCAGUAUUUUGUUUGACAAAGCUAUGCAGACACUGAUAGAGAAGUUUUGUUAGGAUUGUUCUCUUUUUUUAAUAACUGUUUGGAGUGAGAUAGAUUAGACAUCCUCAGCUAGUUCAUUUUAAAAUGUAUUUUCUUGGUAGCACAUAAGACAAAAUGUUGAAGUGACAGCUGAAGCUGGUAAAAGCACUCACUUUUCUUCCCUUUUUAAAUUGCACCUCAAGUAAACUCAGCAGAAGGGAAGAAACAUUGUUGAAUGUGAAUCUUUCAUUUUGAAGAAAAUGUUUCAUAAUGUGCCUUUUAAAUUAUGCUAUUUAUGUAUUUAUUAUGGAGCCUUACAGUAAAAAACCCUUUAUUUGUGUUCAUGUAUUAUUAGUAUGAAGCCUACUACGGAACAUGUCCACAUGUGCUGCUGCAUUUCUCAUGAUCAAGAGCAUAUGUUGUUUAAGAAUGUUUAAACUUGGCUUAACAAUGGCUAUACUAUGUAUAAAGAACAAUAUAUGAGUGGAAAGGUAGCAAUAACUCCAAUGCUUUUUUUGUUUUCUGUAGAUUUAAUGUUGUCUAAAAUAUAUCCUUAAUUCUUUAAUGUCGCUUUUUAUACUUGACCAGUUUGGUAAAGGACAGUGUGACAACUGUUAACUUUUUGAAUUUUUUACAUUUGAUGUCUUUGACGUUAAAUGUUUUCUAAUGCAAGGUCAUCACCCAUUUCACCUUGCAUUUUGUAAUGCAUGACUCAAAAUAAUGCAACAAUUUAAUUUGCGAAAUAAAAGGAAAUUUACCUUCAA